GAAGUUUUUGAAAAGACGGUUUUCAAAUUAGAAACCAAUGCCGUCAAUGAAACAUUUGGGCGAACAUGACCACAAAUACAGUAUGAAGAAAUUUCUUUAAAACUCCGUCAUGUCAUUUCCAUGAACUUUUGAAUUCUUUUUUUUUUUUUUUUAAAAAAAAAUGGUUUGAAACUGGCGGAAUCUUCUAGAUUUUUUCUUUGUAGUAUCCUUGUUCAGCAAGCUAAGCCAAAAGCCAACCUUCUUUCUAUUCUUAAGCUCAUAUCUUGACUUACUUCAUUCUCUCGUGCGAGCUCCAAUGGAGAGAGGAGGCGGAGGUUACAGGGGAAAAGGAAGAGGCGCCGAUGGCUAUGGCGGAGAAGGUAGAGGCGGAGGUCACAGGGGAAGAGGGAGAGGCAGAGGUUCUACUUCUGGUGGCUAUGGCGAACAAGGUAGAGGCAGAGGAGGAAGAGGGAGAAGUGGUGGUCGCAAUGUUGUGGACCAUCAUCAGCAACAUCGUUUCAAUACUCAGAUCGAACGAUCCACGGGUGUCUGGAGGCAGUCUGGUAGUGGUGGAGCUCAAUUGAGUGAUGAUCGCCAUCAGACGGAGGGGUCGAGCAGAGAUUCUGGCGAUGGUCGUGGAGAUGGAGGUGUAGGAAGAGGAAGCAGUGUUUGGGGGAAUCGUGGCAGAGGAUGGAAAGCAGUGACUUCUUCUCCAAGUCAACUUGAUCAGAAUCAUCAAUCCGGAACAGUUUCUCCAGGUACUGUGGCUUCUGGAGUACAUAAAAUGACGAUUUCUAGUCAGUCGUCUCGUCCUUCCGGUGGCAAAGACAAAAUUGUUCCGAUAGGGAGGCCUGAUAAGGGUGGUUCAAAUUCCACCCGAAGUCUUAGACUCUCUGUGAAUCACUUUGUUGUCAACUUCGAUCCCAAUGCUGUUAUACUCCACUAUGAUAUAGACGUCAAGCCAGAGAUUCCUCCCAAGCCUGGACGAUCUGUGAGGAUCUCCAAGCCUGUCCUUUCAAUGAUCAGACACAAGUUAUCUUCUGACAAUCCUACACAGUUUCCAUUAUCAUUUACUGCUUAUGAUGGUGAAAAGAGUAUAUUUAGUGCGGUGGCAUUGCCGACUGGACAGUUUAAUGUGGAGCUUUCAACUGAGGACUCGGUCCGGUCCUAUUUUGUUGGUAUCAAGCUUGUAAAUGAGCUCCAUCUGGACAGGUUGAACAACUACAUAGUUGGACUUCUCCCAUCAAUCCCUCGUGAUGUCUUGCAAGGGAUGGAUUUGGUGAUGAGGGAGAAUCCUAACAGAAAAAUGAUUCCUGUUGGCCGAAAUUACUAUCUCAAAGAACCUGAACCUCCUCCGGAAGGUGAACUUGGAGAUGGAACUUGGGCUCACAAAGGACUUAAACAUAGCUUGAAGCCUACAGCUCAAGGUCUGUCUUUGUGUCUGGACUACUCUGUUUUGGCUUUUUGUGAGAAUAUGCCAGUUUUGAAAUUCCUCGAGUACCAUAUUAAGGAUUUCCGACCAAAUGACUCUAGGAUGUUUAGAAACAAAGUUGAGGCUGCGUUGAGGGGGUUGAAAGUGUAUGUGACUCAUCGAAGAAUCAAACAGAAGUUUAUUGUGAGAGGGUUAGCACGUGAGAGUGCACGAAACUCUAAGUUUGUUGUUGUAGAUCCAGAUGGUAAAAUUCCAGACAAGGAAGUUCGAUUGGUAGAGUAUUUUGAGGAGAAGUAUGGUAAGGCUAUUGUGCACGUAGACAUUCCCUGCUUGGAUCUUGGGAAAGCUGAUAAAAGGAACGAAGUACCAAUGGAAUUUUGUGAAAUUGUUGAAGGGCAGAAUUACAAAAAAGAGCAGCUAAAUAAAUUAGCAGCCGAAAAAUUGAAAGAUCUGUCUGUACCUACAGCACUUGAGAGAGAGCGCCUGAUACGGGGAUCGGUUCAAUCAGCAGAUGGUCCUUGCGGCGGAGGCAUCUCCCGAAAUUUUGGAUUUGAUGUCAACAUGAAUAUGAGUACUGUAACAGGGCGUGUGAUUAGCCCCCCUCAGCUAAAGCUCGGUGCUCCCAACGGGAAGAUUACUACCAUAACAGUUGACAAAGAAAAAUGCCAUUGGAACUUACUUGGAAAAUCGGUGGUGCAAGGAAAACCUAUUGACAGGUGGGUUGUUCUCGACUUCAGCCAUGAGCGAAAUAAUUAUCAAGGUUUUCGACUAGAUCCUGAUAUCUUCAUUCCAAGGCUUAUCAAGAGAUGCCAAAAAUUGGGGAUUAGAAUGGCGCAGCCGUUGCUUUAUGAACCUACAUCAAUGGAUCAAUUCUCUAGUGUGGACAAACUUCGUGAGCUUUUUGCCGGUGUUUGUGAACGUGCUUCCAAUAAGUUUACAGCUCAGUUGCAACUUAUUGUUUGUGUAAUGUCUAAGAAGGAUGCAGGUUACAAGUAUCUCAAGUGGAUCUCUGAAACGGAAAUUGGUGUUGUCACACAGUGUUGCUUGGCUAAGCAUGCAGCCAUAGCAGGCGACCAAUAUCUUGCUAAUCUUGGUCUCAAACUUAAUGCUAAACUUGGAGGUAGCAAUGUGGAAUUAGGUACACAGCUUCCUAUUCCUGCAGGUUUGGGCCAUUUGAUGUUCAUUGGGGCUGAUGUCAAUCAUCCUGGAGCUAAGAAUGUGAAAAGCCGAUCAAUAGCAGCUGUUGUUGCCACAAUGAAUUGGCCUGCUGCGAACCGCUAUGCUACAAGAGUUGGAGAGCAAGACCCCUGUUGCGAGAGAAUUCUUAAUUUCGGAGACAUUUGUUUGAAGCUUAUUGAAUCUUAUGCUCAGUUGAACAAAGUUUACCCAGAGAAAAUUAUUAUCUUUCGGGAUGGAGUUAGUGAGGGCCAGUUUGAUAUGGUUCUCAAUGAAGAGUUACUUGAUUUGAGGAGGGCACUUCAUACCAUAAAUAUUUCUCCAACUAUCACUCUUAUUGUUGCCCAAAAGCGUCACCAAACCCGUUUGUUCCCUAAUAGGAAUGAUGGAGGUUCCACUGGUAAUGUGCCUCCUGGCACAGUUGUUGACACAACAGUUGUUCACCCUUCUGAAUUUGAUUUCUAUCUCUGCAGUCACUAUGGAGGCCUUGGGACGAGCAAGCCUACUCACUACCAUGUCUUGUACGAUGAACACAAGUUUACUUCUGACCAAUUGCAGAAGCUCAUAUAUAGCAUGUGUUUUACCAUGGCUCGCUGCACCAAACCUGUCUCCUUGGUACCGCCAGUGUACUAUGCCGAUCUUGCUGCCUAUAGAGGGAGACUGUAUCAUGAGGCAGAGAUGGAGAGAUCUUUGUCAUCGUCUUCUGUGAGUUCAGUGAAGGAGAGGUUGUUUAAAUUGCAUGAUGACCUGGAAAAUGAAAUGUUUUUCAUUUGACAGUGUCUUGCAAUGAUGAUGUUACAUUGGCAGGUAAUACCGUUAAGACAAUUCUUCAUCAAAAACCACACACAAUUACACCAUAUGAUCGGGUUUGUGCGUGAAUCUAAAGGAUUUGAGUCGAUAAUCUGGCUUUACUCACUUUCAUGGUUUGUGAUCAACCAUGGUGGCAUGUAGGUAAGUAGAGCCAGGAGUAGAAUAAGACUUAAAACCAUUCAGACUUGAUACCAUUCAGUUUGUUUUUUAUUUAGUAUUCUGGUAAUGUUUACCUGUUUGUGAUUGCUAGGGAGUCUUUAAUAUUGGUGUGCUUAGAUUGCUUGUUAAUGUUGAGUCUUAAAUAAAUUGUGGAGGUUUUGUAUGAGUCAGAACAUUUCAUAUUCAUAUGUUGUUCUCUUUCUUUUCGUCA